AUGCUUUUUGCCAUUGAGGAGAUUAAUAACAGUACAAACAUACUGCCAGGAAUCUCUCUGGGCUAUAAAAUCUAUGAUGAUUGCGGAUCUGUUGCCAGAAGCAUUGGAGUUACAUUGGCUUUGGCUAAUGGUAGUGAAAUUGUGUUUGCACCCUCCAAGACAACAUGCACUAGACCUGCAUAUGUACAGGCCAUAAUAGGAGCAACAUCUUCUUCUACAACCAUAGCAGUAGCUACUGUCAUUGGACCUUUUUUUGUACCAGUGGUUCUGCAACACAUACGAAAGAUCCAUUUCACAACUAAGGAAGGAGAUGAGGUUUACUUUAAUGAGAAUGGAGAUCCAGCAGCAAAGUAUGAAAUUAUAAACUGGCAGCCAAGAGAAAACGGCAUUGUGGAGUUUGUCACAGUUGGUCUUUAUGAUACAUCAUUAGCUGCAGAAAAGCAGCUAAAUCUGCAAAACAAGUCUUUAAUUUGGGCAAGAAAAACAAAGCAGGUUCCCGUGUCAAUUUGCAGCGAGAAAUGUCCCCCAGGAACACGUAAGGUUCUCCAGAAAGGAAGGCCUGUUUGCUGCUAUGACUGUAUAAGAUGUGCAGAGGGAGAAAUCAACAACAUUACAGAUUCUGUCACCUGUGUGAAAUGUCUACUUGAGUUUUGGUCAAAUGAAAGAAGAGAUGCCUGUAUAAAGAAGGAAGCAGUGUUUUUGUCAUAUGAAGACAUUAUGGGAGCACUGCUCACUGCAGCAUCUUUAUUUGGGGCAUGCAUGACGAUUGGUGUGAUACUUAUUUACUUCAAAUAUAGGAAAACUCCUAUUGUCAGGGCAAACAACUCUGAACUGAGCUUCCUGCUGCUUGUCUCAUUAAUUCUGUGCUUCCUGUGUUCUCUGACCUUCAUUGGUCAGCCCUCUGAUUGGUCCUGUAUGCUCCGACAUGUAGCAUUUGGCAUCACCUUUGUCCUCUGUAUCUCUUGUCUUCUGGGAAAAACAAUGGUUGUUUUAAUGGCCUUCAGAGCUACACGUCCAGGUAGUAAUGUUAAAAAAUGGUUUGGGCAGACACAGCAGAGACUCUGUGUUACAGGAUUCACUCUUAUGCAAGUUAUCAUUUGUAUCAUCUGGUUAACAACUUCUCCUCCUUUUCCAUUUAAGAAUUUUAAGGAAAUCAAAGAUAAGAUCACUCUGGAGUGUGCCCUCGGCUCAGCAGUAGGUUUUUGGGCUGUGCUUGGUUAUAUAGGACUCCUGGCUAUUUUAUGUUUUAUAUUUGCAUUUUUAGCUCGAAAACUACCCGAUAAUUUCAAUGAGGCCAAGUUUAUCACUUUCAGCAUGCUGAUAUUCUGUGCAGUAUGGAUUACAUUUAUCCCAGCAUAUGUCAGCUCUCCUGGGAAGUUCAGUGUUGCUGUAGAAAUAUUUGCUAUACUUGCUUCCAGUUUUGGACUGCUAAUUUGCAUCUUCAUACCCAAAUGUUAUAUCAUCUUAAUGAAGCCAGAGAAAAAUACAAAAAAACGUAUCAUGGGGAAGAAGGCACCACAGUCACUCUGA